ACAUGGCCCGCACAAAGCAGACCGCCCGCAAGUCUACGGGAGGCAAGGCUCCCCGUAAGCAGCUCGCCACCAAGGCAGCUCGCAAGUCGGCCCCCGCCGCCGGAGGUGUCAAGAAGCCUCACCGCUACAAGCCUGGUACCGUCGCUCUCCGUGAAAUUCGUCGCUACCAGAAGAGCACGGAACUCCUGAUCCGCAAGCUCCCCUUCCAGCGACUCGUUCGUGAGAUUGCCCAGGACUUCAAGACCGACCUCAGGUUCCAGAGCUCGGCCAUUGGUGCCCUCCAGGAGGCUUCGGAGGCCUACCUCGUCGGUCUCUUCGAGGACACGAAUCUGGCUGCCAUUCACGCCAAGCGUGUCACGAUCCAGCCUCGUGACAUUGCCCUUGCCCGUCGUCUCCGUGGCGAGCGCUCGUAAAGGACGUCCGUGACAUGAUCAGCUUCGUUGCACGGUCCUUUCAGGAUCGACGUAGAGGCGCGCCACCACCACGUCGUUGCGGGACACCCUAUACACUUUCUUGUACCACUACAGAUAACUACUACUACGACUCGGCUCCCUCGUCUUUCUCUUCUACGCCCUUCGUCAUCUCCUGACAGCAGAUUACAUAGUUCUCUCGCUCACCGUUACCAUGUAGCAAAUUCUGUCGAGCUUGAUCAAUUUUACCAACCCCUAUUGUGACAGAAUCAGUCUUUCCAUCGCGUGUCUCCUGUCCUGACAUCUAU